AAUACUCCUUCCUUCCGCUUACAAGGAAAAGCAUACAAUCACUCUCUCUCUCUCUCUCUCUAAAACCCCGUGAUUAAAAUCCAGCGAAAAAGGAAAAUUCCAUACUUCAGACAACAAACCCAUCACAAAUUCCUUCAUGGGUAUUACCAAAGCCCAGCAAUGACGUCACUUCCCGGCAAUUUCUCCUGCUAUCUCUUCCUUCUCAUAGAAUUCCUUCUGCUGCUCUGUUUUUCCGAUAAUGUCACCGGGGACACAUCGUUCGACUUCGGCACCCUCACCCUGUCCAGCCUGAAGCUCCUCGGCGACGCCCGCCUGAACAACGGGAGCGUGGCGCUCACCCGCGACCUCGCCGUCCCCAACUCCGGCGCCGGCAGGGCCUUCUACUCCAAACCCGUCGCCUUCCGGCGACCCGGGACCCGCGCGCCGGCCAGCUUCUCGACCUUCUUCUCCUUCUCCGUCUCCAACCUCAACCCCUCCUCCAUCGGCGGCGGCCUCGCCUUCGUCAUCUCCCCGGACGACACCUCCGUCGGCGCCCCCGGCGGAUACCUCGGCCUCAUCACCCCCACCGGCGCCCCGAACGGCACCGUUGCGAUAGAAUUCGAUACCCUUAUGGACGUGGAGUUCAACGACGUUAACGGAAAUCACGUCGGUUUUGAUCUGGACUCAAUGGAGUCGACUCAGGUGGGCGAUUUGGACACGAUUGGAGUGGAUCUGAAAAGCGGUGACCAGGUCAACUCGUGGGUCGACUACUCCGGGUCGACUCAGGUGCUCAACGUCUCGGUAUCGUACUCCAACCUCAAGCCCAAGACCCCGCUCCUGUCCUUCCCUCUCGAUCUCGGCGAGUACGUGGGGGAUUCCAUGUUCGUCGGGUUCUCCGGGUCGACUCAGGGGAGUACCGAGUCGCACAGCAUCGAGUGGUGGAGUUUUACUUCCUCUUUCGAUGUGGACUCGAAGGCCGAGUCGUCAUCGCCACCUUCGUCAUUGCCCAGCCCGCCCUCGCCACCGGCUACUUUGUUGAACCCGACGGCUGAUAUUGUCAACCCGCCGCCGCCUUCUCUGACGCCAACUGAGUCAAACAGUAGUACUAACUCGGUAACCGUAGAGAAAAACACCAAAUGUCAUAGCCAAUUGUGCAAACAGGGCCCAGGAGCAGUGGUUGGGGUAGUGACAGCCGGGGCGUUCUUUCUAGCCUUGUUUGCUGUUCUUCUCAUCUGGGUUUACUCCAAGAAGUUCAAACACGUGAGAAAACCCGAUUCGUUCGGAUCGGAAAUCAUCAAGAUCCCGAAAGAAUUCAGCUACAAGGAGCUCAGAUUGGCCACCAAGUGCUUCAGUUCAUCCCGAAUCAUCGGUCACGGCGCGUUCGGGACCGUCUACAAGGGUAUAUUACCGGAAAGUGGCGACAUUGUUGCAGUUAAAAGGUGUAGUCACAAUGGGCAGGGGAAAGCAGAGUUCUUAUCCGAAUUGUCGAUAAUUGGAACGCUCAGGCAUAGAAAUCUCGUUAGGCUUCAAGGCUGGUGUCACGAAAAGGGGGAAAUUCUAUUGGUUUAUGACUUGAUGCCUAACGGGAGCCUCGAUAAGGCCUUGUUCGAAUCAAGAAUGCCAUUGCCCUGGUCCCACAGGCGAAAAAUCCUGAUGGGCGUGGCCUCUGCCCUGGCAUACUUGCACCAAGAAUGCGAAAACCAGGUGAUCCACCGGGACAUAAAGACCAGCAACAUAAUGCUGGACGAAAGGUUCAACGCGAAGCUGGGCGAUUUCGGCCUGGCGAGGCAGGUCGAGCACGACAAGUCGCCGGACGCGACCGUGGCGGCCGGGACGAUGGGGUACCUGGCCCCGGAGUACUUGCUGACCGGGAGGGCCACCGAGAAGACCGAUGUCUUCAGCUUCGGGGCGGUGGCGCUCGAGGUUGCCAGCGGGAGGAGGCCUAUCGAGAAAGAGAGUGCUGCUGUGGGGAAAAAAGAGGGUGGAAGCAGUAAUUUGGUGGAGUGGGUUUGGGGUUUGCAUAGGGAUGGGAGGCUGAUGAUGGCUGUGGAUUCGAGGCUUGGUGGGGAGUUUGAUGAGUUGGAAAUGAGGAAAGUGAUUCUGGUUGGGCUGGCCUGCUCGCACCCUGACCCUAUGGCUAGGCCGAGCAUGAGGGGUGUGGUCCAGAUGCUUGUGGGUGAGGCUGAGGUCCCUGUGGUCCCCAAGGCUAGGCCCUGCUUGAGUUUCAGCACUUCUCAUUUGUUACUCAACUUGCAAGAUAGUGUGUCCGAUUUGAAUGCCAUGAUCAGUCUCUCCACCUCCUCCUCCUCUUCCGACCGCAGCUACGAUGGCGGUGUGGGCAUGGUCUGAUUCGGCGCCCGCGAUCCUCCGUUCUCAAAUUUUCCUGUCUCCCACAUCCAACCGCAUGUUUGUUUUUCAAGAGAUUCGCGGGUUUUUUUUCUCUUUCUUCUAAGUUAUCAACACGUUGUGGUGAACAUGAGUGCAUUGCGACACGGAGGCAAAAGAUGUGAAAGUCUGCUUCAAGCCUGCGGUUGUUGAGACAUCAUAACCUUGUUUUGUUAAGUUAACUUGUAGUUACAUUUGUUUAUUAAAGUAUGUAUGUAGAACACAAUAACAUGGGAAUUACUGGAAGCAUAUUUAAAGUCUUGGGAUUUGGAGAUCAGUUUUGGGUUACUUUUAUUACAAAGGUGCAAUUGUUUAUUGUGA